UUUGAUUCAUCUACAAGCACAUCCAAACACUAGGUUUUGACAGACAUUUUACUCCUCUUUCUCUUUUUACUCAUAACGGCUGUACAUGUAGUUUAUGGGAUUGCACCGAAACCCGCGAUUAUUGUGAAGCUUCAUUUGACUGUGGAAUCAGUUAUCUUAAUUUUGUCAAAGUAUACAGAAUUUAUUAAGCAUCGAGCUCAAUGAAAGGCUCUCUGUAAAUACCAUUAAUUCAAUUUUCCUCGCCCGCCGCGCGCUGCCGGCAUCUUUCAUUGGCACACACGCUUUGGAGACGUCUAAUACUGGUAUUCCGGAGGAACAUUUGUAGAGUCCGGAGCAAACAGCACCGCCUGUCAAGUCGGAUUUUACUCAGCGGUUUCUCCACUAUUUCAUUCAGUGUCUAGCAGCGCGGGAAACUGCUCGCAGCUGGUCGUCUGCUUCUCACUGCAAGGUGUGCUUUCACUGGAAAAGAGGGAUCAAACUAUCGUAUGGGUUCGUGCUUCACUUAAGACGAUUUUCGCUGGAUUUUUUUUUCAACAAAAUGUAUUGAGAAAGAAUCCUUACUUCCUUUUUUUAUUUAUCAAUACCAGUUGAAACAGGACAUGUUAUUUUUUUUUUCUAAAUGAUUACUUCUUCUUUUAAACAAAAUUACUUAAUGUCAAAUUAAUUUGAAUUACGAUAUAUAUCUGGCAUUAUUUUGAGUGAGUGGAUUAAGUGAGUAAUUCUUUAUCCAAACCAGACAAUUUAUAACAUGGAAAAAUGGAUAAAUAGUAAAAAUAUUCAAACAUGUGACUGAAUACGAGGAAUGCAUACAAGAACAACAGCAGCAAAGUUCUAAGCCACCAUGUUCUAUUGUUGCUGGAUCUAACAUAGUAAGAAAACAGAAUGACACGCCGAAAAAGAGACAGGAUCCGCCGAUGGACACAUGUCUUUAAUACAGUGGUACCGGGGAUUUUCUUUUAUGCAGCUAUAACUAGUGCCUUAAGUGACAACGGAUUUCCUGAUCCUAUAUUUGACAACGACCCGAGCAACGUAACCUUUAACAUCGGGGAAACCGCAACACUGCCAUGUCACGUUAUGAACUUGCAAGCAAGAUAUCUGUACUGGAUGCGGAUGUCGGAGCCUAACCCAAUCACAGUGGGUACCUACGUGUAUAGCCCAGACACGCGGUUCUCCGUCACCAAGGACCACACGUCAACCCACUGGGACCUCAGAAUCAGGAAUGUAAAGUUAGAGGACGCGGGCGUUUAUUUCUGCGCUGUCAGUUCUGGGGAGGGGCGAGAGAAGCACAGAAGACUUAUCAAACUUAAUGUCAAAGAAGUCACGACAGUACCACCAGGAAUUUCAAUAAACGGAUCAGAAUUCGUGAAUAAGGGUGACCCUUUGGUGUUAGAAUGCCAAGCUUCCGGUUUUAACCAAGUGUCAAAUUAUUUAGAAUGGUAUAAAGAUGGGAAAAUAAUUGACAAUAGUUACAUUUGGAAACACCAUCGUUUAAGAGGUCGGGCUAUGAACAUUACAGACCACCAUAACAUUGAGACCAAGACUAUUAGGCGCGUUCUAUUUAUAGCUCGGUCCACUAUGGAGGAUUCUGGGACCUAUAUGUGUCGAAUAUCGCCAUUGGAUAUUGCAAAGAAGACAGUCCACGUUCUAGAUGAGGGUUCAUCCAGCAUUGAUAAAAGAGUUCCAAUUACAAUCUUCCCAACUCCUGCCAAGAUUGUGGUCCAGCCGGGAAUGAACGCCUUCCUACGUAUACACUGCCAGGCUUACGGCAACCCUCGCCCCAGGGUAGCUUGGUCUCGGGACGGCUACGACGUGUCCCGUGAUCCCCGGUUCUCUGUGUACCCCAAUGGAACGCUGAUUAUCCAGCGGACCCUGGAGCAGGACAUGGGUAGCUACCUGUGUAUGGCCAACAAUGGAGUGUCCAAUCCGACCCAAAGAAUCGUCAUGCUGCAACUCAGAGAAUCAUUGCUGGCAAGUAUAGAACAAGUAGAGGAGAGGAAGAGGGAGGGGGAGAAACUGUACCUGACUUGUUCGGGCUUUGGUUACCCCACCCCCUCAAUUACCUGGGAGAAGAACGGCCUGCCACUCACAUCCGACCAGAGAAUUAAAAUCCAAGGAGGAAGCUUGAGGGUGAUAAACUUGGCACUUGAGGACACGGGCACUUACUCAUGUAUAGUGAUGAAUGACGAGGAGAAAGUUGAGGACAGUGACUCCAUUCGAUCUGCUGUCAUCUACUUGUGUGGACUCGGCCAGUAAAGUCAAGUGUUCCCUGAUCGUGGCUGCCCGCCUGUGUGGUCACACCAGAUACUCGCGCCCUUGCUGUGAGAGUUGUCAGAGAGAGAAGACGAGAAUAAUGC